AUGGCGAAUACGGAAGUGGAGGGAGAAGGAUAUGCUAAAGGACCGAGGAAUGCGGUGCAGAGAUAUAGGGCGCGAGGAAAAUACGACUACAACACAAUUCACACCAUCAUCAACUCCUCCCCCAUCCUACACGUCUCAUUCCACACCCCCGAUCCCGAAGAUCCGUUUCCAGCCGUUCUCCCCAUGUUGGGUUUUAUGGGGAACUAUGCUACUGCUACGAGUAUAUCUACCGAUACUUCUAACCUUGACCUUAAGGUUAAGGACGAACAAGAAAAUAUUGGAAAAGAAAUAGGAAAAGGAGCACAUUUGUAUUUGCAUGGAUAUGUAAGUAGUAGGUUGAUGAGGAUGGGUAAGGUAGCUGGGGAGGAGGGGGAAGGGGGGGAGAGGAACGAAGAUGGAGAGGGAGAGGGAGAGGGAGAGGAAAAAGUAAAAGGUUUACCAAUGACGAUUGCGGCGACUUGUUUGGAUGGAUUGGUUUUAGCGCUGACGCCGAAUAAUCAUAGUUACAAUUACCGCAGUGCAGUAAUGCAAGGAUAUGGGCAAAUCGUCGAAGAUGCAGAUGAGAAACUGAUCCUCCGCCUAACCCCCCUCAGCGCCUCCGCCAAGAUCCGGCGCGGAAGCCCCCACGACGACCGACACGAUCUAAAAGACGUUUUCCUCCGAGAACGAGUAUGGACGGGCGUGAUACCCGUUAGUGUAAAAUACGGAACGCCCAUUGCUGGUGGUGAUUGUUUGGUCAAGGAGGUAUGUUUUCUUCUUCUUCUUUUUUCUCUAAAAAGGAAUUGUAUAUUUGCUUUGCGCAGGGGGGGAGGUCCGGAUGUGGUUAUUGUGGGAUUAUGGGAUUAUAGGGGUAGUUGGAAAGGGAGAGAAAAAAAGGAAAGGAAAGAAAAGAAGGAGAGGAAAGGAAAAGAGAAAAGAAAGAGAAAGGAAGAAAAAGCUAACAUAAACCACCCAAAACCCAAGGUACCAAAACACAUAACCCAAUUCAUCAACACGAAGAAUAAAUCAGAUGAAGAAUAUGCGGUUCACAUGGCGGAGGAAGAAGUCAAGGAGUGA